AUGUCUUCUACACCAAGGACGUUCUUCCACUAUGAGCCUCUUAUGCUGUUCUCUGUUGCCCGCGGUAUUCGACCGGGAAGGCAGCACCACGCUUUUCAGCUGUUGGACGCCCUCGUCAAGUGCCGUUUCGAGCCGCUCUACACUGCAUGGAUGGAGAACACCCGUUACUACAAGCAGAAUCAUUUCCUGGCUGACAUCUGCGAAGGUGGAGAGUCGUGCUUUUCUCCAGGUUACCUUUCUGGUCUCUGUUCAAGAGCACAAGCGCAAGUGUUCAAGUUCACGAGACUUCGUGUUACUCAGGUGCAAUCGUGGAUUCAGAAAAACCCAGAAAUGGCGUCCUCCGUACGCGUGGUCCACCUGGUGCGAGACCCCCGCGCCAUGUACGCUUCUAGAAGGCGUCUUGAUUGGUGCAAGAAUGACGCACACUGUGGAAGUGCAGCCGCCCUUUGCGGCGAAAUGAGAUCUGACUUGGAUGCAUUCGGAGAACUGGGCCGCCACCUGCUGAGCAACAGAACAUACCAGAUUCGUUUUGAAGACCUCGCAGCUGACCCACUGAAUGAGACGAGGCGCUUGUUCAUGAGACUAGGUCUAGAAUUUGUGCCGUCAGUAUCCGCAUACGUAGGAAAUCACACGGCGGCGACCGGCGCGAAAACAAAGGACUCGUAUUCGACGUGGAGAAACACGAAAGCAGUGGCAGACAGGUGGAGAUACAGGUUGCCACGAGGAACGAUACGCGCGAUUCAAACCACGUGCAGUGAUGUUCUUCUGAGGCUGGGCUACAAGCUGGUGCGAAAAGUACAAAAGAAGCACAGAAAAUCUGCUUGCAGUAUGAGAAAGAUUGCGUAUUCCGCCACCUUACUCUUCCUCGACACGUAAAGCUCACAAUAACACUGAGCCAAAUUUCCUGCUCCAGUAGCUCACACUACUCAUGUGCGAAUCA